AUUCUAGUGCUAGCAAUAGGCGCAUCUAUCCUCUCAGAUGGCAUCUUGUUGACAUCUUUUAUCUUCGAAAUUAUUCGGUACUGGAAAUAUUCAAUGACAACAACAAGCGCAUCUAUCCUCUUAGAUGACACCUUGUUGACACCUCAAUAA